AUGAAUAGCAGGACGCAUUUGCUUAAAGACCCGCCCGGGGGUAAGGCGGGACCACAGCCGUCCCACGAGGACAGGCCAGCAUCUCCCUCGCCCAGCCCAGCUGAGGCCUGGGGCCAGCCCAGGUCCCAGAGCAGCGGUCAGCAGGCGCUGGAGACUCAGGACUGGGUGUGCGAGCCCCCGGGGAGCAGGCGCCCAGGCCGCCACUGGAGCCUCAGCAUCGACGAGCGGCGGCAGCGGGCCGCGCGGGGUGCCGCCGGGGCCUCCGCCCACUGCCCGGACCUCCUGCAGGUCGUGGCCCAGCUGGUGUCCGAGGAUGUGGACAGGGACGUGCUCAUCCCCCACCGGCUGAGGCCCGCGGAGGCCGCCCGCGCGCCCUCCUGGCUUGCCCUGGUGGCAGUGGCCCUCAUCUUGCGCUCCCCAUUUGGCGUGGGCCUGACGGAGCCCCCGCCUCCCAGCUCCUGCUCCCAGCAGCACAUCCCCUGCGGGGCUGCCCCGGGCGCCUUGCUGUCCUGCUGCGCUUGA